CCGAUAAUUCCACCGCUCAAACACAGUCAGCAUCUCGUUCGAAGUGCUUCGAUUCUCUGUUUUGGUUCAUGUAGUGAGUGGAAAGAGUUCGCUUUUUUAUUCUCACGACUUGAACUUACUAUUUAAUCUACCGCUCAGUCCUCUAACACAUCACUAGAGAAUUAAAGCGCAUAAACGGUUGGUCCGAAGUCCUGCUAUCUUCUGUCUCCAAAACGGGGGAGUGUCUGAAAUUGAAUAUUUAGCUUGUGAGCUAGCGUCAGCAGCAUCAGGUUGACCCAUGUCCUCUGAAGAGGCUCUCAGCUGCUCCACGCUCUCACACUGGCUCUCCUUUAACUCCUGGUGGCUGCUUCUGCCUUUCGUGAUGCUCCUGGUAGUGGCUGCUUUCAUCGUGGCCUUCGUGCUGCUGCUGUACAUGAUAUCCCCGUUAAUAAGCCCCAAGCCUCUCAAACUGAACGGGGCCCAUGUGGUGGUGACCGGAGGCAGCAGUGGGAUUGGGAAGUCCAUUGCAAUGGAAUGCUACAAACACGGUGCCUUCCUAACUCUGGUGGCACGAGAUGAGCACAAACUGGUUCAAGCCAAGAAAGAAGUGGAGAAAUGUGCCAUAAAUGAUAAGCAGGUGGUGCUUUGCAUUUCUGUUGAUGUGUCCAAAGACUACAACCAGGUGGAGAGUGUCAUAAAACAAGCUCAAGAGAAGCUGGGUCCUGUGGACAUGCUGGUCAAUUGUGCAGGGACGUCCAUAUCUGGGAGGUUUGAGGAAGUGGAAGUAGACCGCUUCAAGAAACUGAUGGAGGUGAACUAUCUGGGCAGUGUUUACCCCACCCGGGCAGUGAUCACCACUAUGAAGGAAAGGCGGAUGGGCCGCAUCAUGUUUGUGUCGUCACAUGCAGGGCUGAUCGGCCUCUUUGGCUACACGGCCUACUCGCCAUCCAAAUUUGCCCUGCGUGGUCUGGCUGAGGCCCUGCAGAUGGAGAUGAAGCCCUAUAAUAUCUAUGUGGCUGUGGCGUAUCCUCCAGACACUGACACGCCGGGGUUUGCAGAAGAGAAUAAGACUAAGCCUCUGGAGACCAAGUUAAUUUCAGAAACGUCUGGAGUCUGUCAGCCUGAGCAAGUAGCAAAAGUUGUGUUGAAGGAUGCUGUGCAGGGAAAUUUCACCAGCACAGUUGGACCCGAUGGGUACAUGCUGUCAGCGCUGACCUGUGGGAUGUCACCCGUUACCUCCAUCACUGAAGGGCUGCAGCAGAUUGUGACGAUGGGGCUGUUCCGCACCAUCGCUCUCUUCUACCUGGGCAGCUUCGACAGCAUCGUCCGCCGCUGCAUGAUCCAGAGAGAGCAGUCCAAAGCAGCAGUCAAGAGGGAGUAGCACCAGCCUCCCCACCACAUCCAUCUCUAUCAGCACCACUACACACUCACACACACACACACACACACCUCAGAGCACACGCCCCCUGGCCCGGCAGACGUGAUCAAAUGGGUAGUUUAUGCAUCCGUCCAUCUUUCAUGAUGUGUUUUUCAGGACUCCGAUCAUUCCAGUGCAUGCUGCAUUAAUAUAUCAAACAACUUUAUUUGCAUUUCAAUUAUUUACUCACUCCCUUUAUUACAUGUUUUCGUUUCGGGUUUGUGGUCGUUCUCAAAAGUACACACUAUCUAAGUUCUUGUUCUUUCCUGUUGGCGUAAUGUUAUUUCAACACUAGAAUUAAUUUCAUUCAACUUUAUAUUGAGAUGUUGCCAUAUGCUCUAUAGGUAAAAAACACAUAUGUAUAGGUGAAGAACAACAACUUCACUUCCUUACGUUACAGUGAGGUGAAGAACUGUGGUCCUGACUGGUUUGUGAUGUUCAUAGUCAAGCAAUGUAUCUUCCUGCUUUUAGAUUUCAUAGUUUUAACGUAUGGACACAGGACAUCUGUCGAGUCUGCCACUCUGCCUUAUCUUCGUUGCUCUGUGUGGGGGUUUCUGAAGGAAAUGUUUACCUUAUAAAUGUGCGUGCGUGCGAGUGUCUUCUUGUAUGCAUGUAUUUAGGUGACCUCAGGGGCUUCUAAGGGUUCACCGAACUGAAGGAUGGGUCAGGAGGACUCGCUGGUUCGAGUCAGGGCACCUUUCUGCCAGCAGGUGGAGCUGGAGAUCCAGACGGAUCAGGUGUAACAAGAGCAAAAGCCUAAGUAGCUCUUACUAAAAGCUGAUCUGGAAUGAGUCCGAAUAAUCAUAGUCAGAUGGUUUGAUGUCCACAAGCCCAGAACUCAUUUCAAAUACUGUAGAUGUUGUGAAGCUGGAUCAGAUUUGUACACCAAAACAAGCAAUAGGGCUUCCACGAGUCAAGUGAAUUUCCUCGUGCUCUGCUCAGUCAUAAUGCAAACUGGAUGGCUCCAGUAUAUGAACUGUGUUUUCUGAUUGAGAUUCUCGUUGCAAGUCGUAUCUUACUGCUAGAGAGAAAAUGACACUUACUCAUGCUGUUGUAAUAUUUGCCUUCCUCACGGUCACAAGCAAACGGAGAUCAUGUGAUGUGAUCACACCCUGCAGAUGCUUGUAAGGAGUCAGUCUCCUGAAUGCCUGAAUGCACAGAAAAGAGUCUAUUUAAACUGAUAGUUCACCCAGACAUAAACAUUCUUUCCUUAUUUACUCGGCUUCAUGUCUUUCCAAACCUGUAGAACUUUCAGUAUUCUGUAGAAGACAAAAAGAGAUGUUUAGUGGAAUGUUCAUGCAGCUCCUUUCCUUAACAGUGAAAGUGAAAGGGCUGCAAAAUAAAAAAGGACGAUUUAUGUGGUCCGUAUGAGAUGCAGUAUUUUCUAAUCCUUCUGAAGAAGCGUGAUUGAUUUGUUUGAGAAACCGAGAAGAUCUUGAAGUAUAUGUAUAUGAGAUUUGAGAGUUUUCUCUGAGCAUCGAGUUAAAUGUAUAGUCUUAUGAACUACAUUUAUGGCGCUUUUUUCAUUUUAUGGAACAGAGCAGUGUAAACAGUUUCUUGUUUUUGGUUCCACAGAAAAAAGAAAGUCCUAUGGUUUUGGACCGACAUGAGUGUGUGAGUAAAUAAUUACAGAAUAUUUUUAGUUGAAGUAAGACUCAAUACAACUCGUCCCUUUUCUUUUUCAUCUUACCUUUGUCCUACUAAUAAAGCACAUAGGCUUCUCUAACCGCUGUCAUUUUAGAGUUUAGGUUACUGUAAACAACAUGUAGUUAUUUUCUUAUAUCAGAAUUUUCCAAAAUGACUUAAACUGCUGAUUCCAGUAUAUUUAUUUUGAAGAAACAUCUCCCGUUCCUUUGCUUGUCCGGAGUUUGCAGGUUUUCUGGAAACCCUUGACCUCAGUCAGGCACUACAGUGAUGGAGGCCCAUUCCAAGCCUUAAGAGAUCCAAACACUGACCACUAUAAAAACUGCAAGGGUCGAUACAUAUGGCAUAGAUUGUGUAUGGUUUACCUAUAUUUGUUUCAGUACGGAAAAAGACAUUGUUUUUGCUUGUUUGUGCAUUAUUUGCUAAGGUUAUUUUUUUUUACAAAGAUAUCCAAAAUAUGAAAAUGAGAAUGCAUGAGUCGAUACGACGAUGUUCUCAUUUGAUAUUGGCUACACAUAGUAGCGAUAUUUGUGUGGGUCGUGCCCUGUUCCAUAACACAUGGAUGUAGUUUUUUUUUUUAGAUAUUGUUUUGACCUCCUUAAAGCUAUGCAACUUCAUUCAAACACACGAGGACAGUCUUCUGCUGUACUUAACACUUUUAUUGAUUGAAGACCGAGAUAUUUCUGAAAAUAAGAUAUAGUUUGAGUAACUUUUAAAAGAGAGACCAAGGCCAACUUGGAUGCGUUCUGCUUCUGUUUAUUCAUUUGUUGCCAAACUUUAAUAAAUUUCACCUUGUGUGCCAUAGGAGAAAAAAAGAGAUGUUGUUGCUUUGUCUUAUUUUCUUACAUAAAGAAAUAAAUAUCUUUUGAAAUGUAA